UCAUUGGUUGGAAUGAUGGACAGGACCAAUAUUGAAGACGGCAUAAAUCAGCAUCUUGGGCAUAUUAAUGCCGCUUUGCCAGGAUAUCUUAUCUGUCUCUCCAGGAAAGUGAUGUCUAGAAAAGACUUGAUCAUCCAAUAUCUUAAGAGUUUCUCCAGCAUAAGAAACUUCUUUCUUCAGGAACCAACAAACAAAAAUUCUGUUCUUCAACUUUCAAAGAUUUUGUUGCAUCACAUGAAAGGGGCAAGGGCGGCAAACCUUCCUUGGUCAAUACGAACCCACCACGUGUCAAACACCCAAAGUUGGUUAAUUGUUUUUCUUCCUUCCUAAAACAGAGAAAAGACGUGCUGAAAGCAAUGGAUGGAGAAGAAGAAGAAGAUAAGUAAGGAAUUCCAGCAACAGCGACGUGGUGGUGAUCAUCGUUGAAAGUUGAACAUUUCAAAAUGAAAAUAAUAAUAAUGAAUUGCUGAAUGAAGAGAUGAAGAGGAAGAGAAGGAAAAGAUCAACAUAACCCAAAAAAAAAAUCUUCAUCUUUCUUCUGAGUUCUGAGGAUGUUCUUGUUGUUGACAUUUUUUCCGAUCGGCCAUCUCUGAAGGCGGCCGGAAUUAGACGUAGGUUUUAGCACAUAUAUAUGCCUUUCAUGGGUACAGGGGCUGUAGGAGAUAAUCUUGUUGUUGUUCCCGCUGUUAUUGGGUUUAAAGAUCAUCAAUUGAAACCUCCUAAACAGCUACAUGUAAAUACUUUUAAGGAUAGUCCUCCUUCAUUUGGAGGGAAACGGUCGCAGGAAAGCUUGAAGAAUCAGAAGGCAAGGAAAAGAAAUGCAAAGGAUAAUUCUUCUCCGUUGGUUUCGCCGCUUCAUUCAAAUUCUUUUGCUUGGAAAUUGGCUGCUGCAAUUGGUACAACAGAUGAUGAUGAUGAUGGUUUUGAUUUCAAGACGGAGCAUAGAACAGCAAGUUUACAAGAUGCUGUUGUGGAGCCUGUUCCUGCUGUGGAUAAUGUUCCAGAUAUUCAACAGUCGAGUUUAGAUGGAAAGAUUGAUGAUAAGUCGGAGAAAGAUCAAUUAGUGCCUUCUUUAGAAACCGUUUUUGAAAUGAUAUUGGAAACACAGGGUUCUAGUUUGAAACAGAAUGAAGAGUUGCAGUUCGAGGUUGAUAUGCAUGUUCCAGAAGUUGUUCAGGUGGUUUCAUAUUCGAAAGCAAAUCAAGAACUCAGUGAUCUGCAAAUGAAAGCAAAUGAAUUGGAGAAACUUUUUGAACAACACAAGCGUCGAGUUCUUGGAGAUCAGCCGACUUCCAAGAAAUUGCCAUCUGAUAAUAACUCAGGAAAGGAGUUAGAUGCAAAUUCCAUUACUAGUAUGGUGGUAGAUAAUGAAGAUUAUGGUAGAUUUAGUAAUAGUGGUGCUUCCAAGCUGAAAAUGGAGAUUGAUUUUCCAGAGGAAUCCAAGGGUAAAUUCUACGAUAGGUACGUGGAGAAACGCGAUGCCAAGCUUAGGGAAGAAUUGGCUCAGAAGGAAGCCAAGAUGAAGGCUAUGGAAGAGAGCCUGGAAAGAAAUAGAGCAGAAAUGGAGGCCAAGUUCUCAGGGUACUCUUCAAGAAACCAAGACUCACCUCUUAAUGCUCGACGCCGUGCUGAGAGGCUUCGGUCCUUCAAUAUCCGUUCGACAGAUGAGAACAACGAACAGGUAUCAUUCAUAGACUCUGUUGAUGAUGAAUUUCCUGAGAAUAAUUUGUGGGAGUUACGCAGAUCACUCCCCUGGGAGUCAACAGAUGUUUCUACGAGUAAUUCUGCAGCAAAGAAAGUUGUGUCUAAUAGAACCUCGUCUUCCUCCAUCCCUCGAACAUCAACAAUCCCCAUCACAAAAUCGCCGACCAAACCUUCACAUUCUCCUUUGAACAAGCGGCGGACCUUACUAGAAAACUCGAAGGCUUCACCAACACACCGGCAAAGGAAGUAUAACCGCAGCAAGAGCAACAUUGAUGAGUUUUCUAUCAGCAAGGAAUUCAAGCCACGGGAGGCACAGUCCUUGAGAAAUAGCUCCGCUCGUGAGUCUAAAGAGGUGUCGUCCAUCACAGCCGAGCGUGUUGAUCAAACAAACAAAACGUCAAAGCCCUUCCUCAAAAAGGGCAGUGGCGUCGGUCCUGGUGCUGGUGCUAAUGUUGCUAAGCUUAAAGCAUUGACGGCAUCUGAGAACUUGAAAUCUGAAAAAGAGCUAGAUGAAUCACCUCAGAAGAUGCAAGAAGAUCCGGUUGCGGUCCUGGUCAAAGUUGAGGAGGAGGCAGAAGCACAUUGUGACCCUGUGAUAGAAGAACAAGGAUUUAUGGAUGGAAAUGCUGCUGCUAUAUUAGAAAAUGAAAACUUAAUGGCGAAGUGGGAAUCAGACAAAUCCAGCCAUUCGGGGUUUAGAAACAGCGAGGUCCUUGAGUUAUUUUCUCAAGUGGAUCCUAAUGCAGUAGCUGAGGCUGCUGCAUUGCCUUCAACAUUACACAGUAUCUUAGAACCUAUGCAGGAUUUUAUUGAGGAAAGUACAGGGUCACGGAAUCCGCUUGUGCAACCAACUUUUUCAUCAUCAGAUGAUGCAUGCUUGGAGUCUCCGAAUGGGAGCAAUUCAUCUUGGAAUUCCCAAUCUCUCACGAAGUUAGAGAGUGAAGUUAUGAUGAGGAGUAGAAGUGGAAGAACAGUUGUCACAGCUAAUACCUCCCACCAUCAUUACCGCAAGGAUGUGAAAAAAGGGAUCAAGCGUUUAUUAAAAUUUGGAAAGAAAAGUAAGAAAAAGGAGAGUAUGGUGGGUUGGGUUUCUCCUGCUACAACUUCAGACGCAGAUUAUGACAAUGUGGAGAGCCGUGAUGACAAUUCAAACCGGCCAUCAGAAGAACUGCAGAAGUCAAGGUUUGGUUAUCCUGAAAGUCGUACUUCCUACGAUUCGUUCAGCAAUAGCGAGGUGUACAGUGAACAAGCUAAACGUAGCUCCAAUCCUGCAGCUUCUGAAAUGUUCAAACCAAGAGAGGAUCGCAUAUCAGGAGGCUCUUCUAAAGCUCCACGGUCAUUUUUCUCUCUCUCAUCAUUCCGAACCAAAGGAAGUGAAUCAAAGUCCAGACUGAAGGAAUCUUACAAUUCUUACUAGCCAGGUCAGUGGCUAUAUCUAGUAGAAAGGAUAAUGAGCAAACAAAAACACACAAAAAAAAGAAGAAAAAAAAUCGAAACAUACAUAGUCUACAUUCAUGUCGAAAUAGGUGUUCACGGCGAGUUUGGCAAGGAUUUUGCAUUCUGCUGCUUCCUUACAUGUAUUUUUUUGUUUGAAUUGAAAAGCUCUUGUAUACAUAGAAUGUAUAUUGAUCGAGUGUUGCGCACCGUUAUAUUUUUUCGGGAGUUUGGGUUGUGUGCCCAUCUAUCUCCUUGUGUGUAAUUGUGUGUACUAGCUACUUAUAUACCAUAGUUUGUUUCAUGACUGGAAUUCAGAAAGACACAACAAAGUAAUAAAUCUGUUUAGAAGCUA